AUGGAUGUUCCCAACAAAGCUUACAACAACCCUUUAAACUGUUUACGAUGCAAUUCGGCAAUGCAAGAUCCCGUUCGUCUUCCGUGUCAGCACCAUUUUUGUCGGCAAUGUGUAAAUUCUUCAGAAUGUACCACUUGUUUGAGGCCAUUUAACUUGGCAGAACUUACUACUGAUAAGGUAUUAAAUUACAUCGUUGAAAGUUCUCGUGAGGCAACAGAAACAUGCGCAAAUUGUGAUAAGAUUUCUCAACCAAUGUAUUUUUGUGAAACUUGCCAACAACCAUUAUGUGCUGAAUGUCGAGAAAUCACCCACAGGGCAAAAAUAUUUUUAUUGCACAAUAUUGUUCAAAUGGAGGAACGCGGAAGGAUAAGAAAUCGUCCAUUUUGUUCGGCACAUAAUGAACCUUUUAUUUUAUACUGCCUUGAAUCUAAGUCUUUAAUGUGUAUCGAAUGCUUCAAUUCCUCUUCUCUUGAACGACGAGGCCAUUUUCUAAAUAUUGAUGUUGCGCAUAAAAUUUGUUGUGAUAAAUUGGAAAAAAGUGCUGUUAAUCUCCGUGCCUUUCAAUCAGAAUUGAGGGAACAGUGUGAUUUGAGACGUCGACUUGUUGAUGAAUUGGAGAAAAAUUUUGAUUUUAUGGCAAAGGAAGUCACCAACAAAUGCGACGAAAUUAUUUUUCGAGUAACCCAACUAAAAUAUUAUUUAUUGGACAAAUUGGAUGUCGAAAAAACUGAAAAGAAGGACAAAAUAAUUGAACAAUUAAAUAAUUUUGAAUUUUUGGAGAGUCCCUUAGCCAUCAAUCUUUUGAGUGUCUCAAUUUUUUGUUCAUACGCCUCCAAAAUUGAUUUAUUACAUUGUUAUGGAGAUCUUUCUAAACUUAUACAGCAAUUUUUAUCUUCAAAUUCUCAACAUUUACAAAAAGUUAAAUUUGAUUCAAAUUUAAAUAUUGAUUUUGCCAAAGAAUUUAAUUUAUCAAUUUGUAAACCUUUGGGAUUUAUUCCACCUCCUCCUACAACUGAAAAUGUUUUAAUGUCGAAUAAAUUGAUUGGGAAUUCUGGAAAAACGGCUAAAACUGACAGGCUCAGGUCUAUAAACCAACCAACUUCAACUGAAAUUAAUGUUCCGACUUCAUUUGAAUUUUUAUUUGGACCUGACCCAUUUAUCUCAUCAAAAUUGCCGUUUAAUAGGGAAUCGAAUACCUUCAAUCCUAUGAAUUCUGAAAGUGAUUCUCUCAUGGAGCAACGAUUUAUGGACCAAUUUCAAUAUAUCACUAUCCCUCUGCAAAAAUUUACCAAGGAAAUUUCGUUCAUUUCUUCAAGUUUAAUGGAUUUGCACAAAGAUAUAGUUCUCCGUCGUUGUGUUGUUAAUGGUGAAGAAUUAAUUAAUAGGCUUGCAUGUUGUGAAAAUGCUUGGGAUCAAUUGGAAGCACACAAAAAGAAAGUACAAAUGAUAAUUCAACAAUCUUUAAAUCAAAUUUGGAGGCGAGAUAUUGAAAGAGUUCAAAGACAACAACAUUUGGUCAAAGAAAAAUUAGAGGAAAUGAAACAUUUACAAAAAUUGGCUCAACAGGCACUUAAGAUUUCUCAACAUUUAAAACCUUUUGCUGUUCAAAUGGCUGGAAUAAUUUCUGUUAUAGAUGUUAGACGUACAACUUUAACUGUUCUUUCCCCAAUGGAACAAAUUUGUUCAGAAAUUGGACAGAUUGGUAUGGAUAGUGAAAUUAGGGUUGCUGCUAUUGAUAAGGAAGAAAAAUUGAGACAACAAAAAAUUGCAAAUUCAUUGGCUAACCAAGCAUUACAAAACGAUGCUAUUUUGGCGCUUAAAAAUUUAAAAGUUGUGACUCCUUCAAGUCCAAAAUCAACAACAAGAGGGGGAGGAGGAUCUCGUCAAAUUGUAGAAGUUGAUAGGACCCGCUCUGAUGUUUCUUCUAAACAUUGUAAAAAUUCGCUGGGAAAACGGCAGCAAAUUCUAAAUCGAGCGCAGCGAAAAUCAGAAGGUGCCUCUUCUUCAGACAUACUACUAGCAACAGAAAGUAUAACUACAGGCAAUAAUUUACCUGAAGAAAAAGUCAGAGAAAUAAAGCAAACAGCAGAAUUUUCCCCCCUUAAAGAAAAAGCAACAACAAAAAUGUCCGCAAAUCUGGAUGCGGAUGUCCGCAAGAAUAUGUCCGCAAGUCUGAAUGCGGAUGUCUGCAAAAAUAUGUCCGCAAGUAUGGAUGCGGACAAUAAAAUGUCCGCAACUCUCGAUGCGGAUAAAAAAAUGUCCGCAAAUCUGGACGCGGACAAAAAUACGUCCGCAAGUCUGGAUGCGGACAAAAAAAUGUCCGCAAGUUUGGAUGAAAAAAUGGAUUGUUCCCCGUCUGCUGAUUCAAAAGAAGCAAUUAAACCAAAAUUAAUUUCAUUUGGAAAGCAAAUACAAAAAGAUAAGGAUCCAACUGUUCUUAUGGCAAGAGAAAAAUUGUUAGAAUCGAUUAAAGAAAAGGUUAAAAGAAUUGAUUAAUCUUUGAUUUUUAUGUUGGGAUAUUGAAAAGAAGGUUUUUUUAAUUUUUAAAGGGUUCUUUUCGGUUAUAGGCAUGAAAAUCCGCAAAUUUUUGUCCGCAAAGAGGGUGGGCACUUAUAGAAAAAAGACGGGGACCAUAAAUGUCCGCAAAUUUUGUCCGCAAAAAAGGAAAACGGGGCCCGGCAUACAAAAGCGAAGGACUCAUGGAUUAUGAUUGGCCUUCCGACCUUAUAAGGCCGCUUCUUUUAUAGAAACGACCUCCGACCGUUUUGGUCCCAAAACUAACCCAUGAAUGUCCGCAAAAAAAAAGUAAAACGGGGCCUGGCUUACAGAAGCAAGGGACUUCACGGAUUAUGGUCGGCCCUUAAAGUCUUCCUACCCUAUAAGGCCUCUUAUUUUAUAGAAACUACCUCUUGACCAUUUUGGUUCCGGUCUUCUUCCUUUAGGUUCCCAUCUUUUUUGCGGAUAAAAACUUGCGGACAUUUGUGCCGAUAACAGAAAAGAACAUAUUAAUGAUCUUGAGAAUUGAAUCUGUAUGUAUAU